CUGUGAGUGGCUACAGGGGUGUGAAAGCGAUCUCCCCAUUGGCCGGGAGCAGCACAGACAUCCGGUGUGCACGUCCGGCCGGCUGGCAUAGCGGAAGCCAUGGUGCGGUUCAAGCACAGGUACCUUCUGUGUGAAUUGGUGUCGGACGACCCCCGCUCCCGCCUAACUCUGGAUGACCGAGUGCUGGGCAACCUCGUACGGGACACAAUCGCCCGAGUGCACGGGACUUUCGGCGCCGCCGCCUGCUCCAUUGGCUUCGCGGUUCGAUACCUCAAUGUCUACACUGGAAUAGUGCUACUUCGAUGCCGGAAGGAGUUCUAUCAACUUGUGUGGUCAGCUCUUCCUUUCAUCACAUACUUGGAGAACAAAGGACACCGCUAUCCUUGUUUUUUCAACACAGUACACGUGGGAGGUACAAUUAGAACAUGUCAGAAGUUCCUGAUUCAGUACAACAGGAGACAGCUGUUGAUCCUGUUGCAGAACUGCAGUGAUGAAAAACGGGAAGCUAUACAGAAAUCUGUCACCAGAAGCUGUUUACUAGAGGAAGAGUCUGGUGAGGAGCUUUCAGACAGUGGUGGUGAGGAGGCCACAGAAGUAAUGGAGUGAAACAGCCAUACAGCAGGCUGCACUAUGCCCAAGCCCACU